CACAAAUACAGUUUACAUACAAGCAAGAUCGAGGUCCGUUCCAUCAUCUGCAGCGUAACAACAGGGUUUCUUUAUCUAAUCGCUAGCAACAAUUCUGUAUGUUUUUAUAAUUUAAUCUUGAAUUGCAGUUUAAUCCACAUUGAGAUUCACUAUUUCGCAAAGUCCAGUAAAUUCUUUUUGUAAUCAAACUUCAAACCAAUAUGCUCAUAUUUCUGUAAAAGAAAGAAAAUUCAGGAGAGGUUUGUUUAAUAUUGAAUCAUGGGAGGUGCAGUAAGUGCUGGAGAGAACAAUGAUGAGCUUAUUGACAAUCUUGUGGAAGCUGAAUACAUUAAAUCUCCAGCAGUGGAAAGAAUAUUCCGUGCUGUAGACAGAGGGGACUAUUAUGUGGAAGCAUGUAGAGAAAGUGCAUAUCGUGAUCUGGCUUGGAAACAUGGGAAAAUACAUAUGUCAGCUCCCUGUAUUUAUUCUGAAGUGAUGGAAUCUUUGCAUCUUGGACCAGGAAUGUCCUUUCUGAAUCUUGGAAGUGGUACUGGAUAUCUAAGCACUAUGGCUGGUCUCAUGCUUGGUACCUAUGGCAUUAAUCAUGGAGUUGAACUCCACCAAGAAGUUGUUGAUUAUGCUAGAGCAAAACUGGAGGAAUUUCAAAAUAUUUCUCCAGCUAUUGAUAAAUAUGAGUUUUGCCCACCUAGUUUUGUGGUUGGAAAUUGUUUACUGUUGGAUAGUUCAGGCCAUCAAUAUGACAGGGUAUAUUGUGGUGCUGCCUGCCCUACAGAACAUGAAAAUUACAUAAAAAAUUUGGUUCGUGUUGGUGGUAUUUUGGUGAUGCCAUUGAAUGAUCAUCUUCUUCAAAUUAAAAGAACAGGUCAGACAACUUACGAAGUAAAAAGUGUUCUACAUGUGUCUUUUGCAUCUUUAGUGCUACCAAAUCCAAAUGAUGGUUUAAUGUCCGUGAAGCUCCCUGAAGUUAAUCCAUUAUCACUGCAAGAAAUUUGUCGUUCAGCUAUUCGAGUGAUACUUCGACAGAAUGUGGAAAUUGAAAACCCAUCUCUAUUGGAAACAAAGCGAGUUGAAAAACCAGCACAUAAAAAGGCAAAGAAACACAUUAAGAGAAUUGUGGUUCAGGAAAGAAAUUUUUUGAGAGAAGUUGGAAGAGCCCAGAAUGGAGAAAAUGGUUCUAAUACUGAAGAGGAUCCAGAUUCUGAUGCCUCCAAUUUAAGAGAUAGAAGAGCCCAAAUUUUUGGUUCAAGAUCUAAAAUAGUUUUUGACUUUACGCUUCGCCCCAUCAGACAAGUAACUGAGUGUUUAGAAAACAGUAGUAGAGGUAAUAGUGCUGACGAUUAUACAGGAGCUGAACUUUGUGACCUUGAAGUUGAAUUGGAACACCCACCUAAAAGAGAGAAAAAACUUUCUGGGAAUGGCGACAGUGGUAUUGACAAUGUAAGUGAUGAUUCUUUUCCUGAGGAAUAUCCCUCUGACAGUGAAAAAAACAAAUCCCCUCAUCCAUCGAAUUCAGAUAUGACGGAGGAACGACCAAUAUCUCCUCCUUCCAUGCAAGAUGAAGUUGAAGAUAUUGAAGCUGAUGAUGAGGAAACUGUACCUCAAAGGCAAAUUGAUGAUAUAGAUGUUCCGGAAUAUAGACAAAGUAGAAGUUCUUCUGUCAUCUUCAAGAGAGUAGCUGUUAGUGAUAUUGACAGUGAUGAUUUCGAUGAGAUGGAUAGUGAUUCAGGAAAUGAUUAUUUUAACAUAAAGCAGGAGGAUAAAAAUUUGUUCACUUACACUUAUUUCUUACAAGAGAAGAUAAACCAACUUCCACUUCCUCACACCUUGAAAGUUUUCUUGAAAUUUUCUAGACCAGAUUGAAAAUACUGUUUGUUUGAAGUUGCAGAGAUGUGUAUAAUGUGAUUUGAAGAGUUCGGAACUAUUUUGAAUUCAGAGUUAAAAAAAAAAAAAAAAAAUUUUUUUAAAGUAUAAGUUAGUUUCAAUUCUUAUACAUUUUGUUGGAAUAAAUUUUGUUUAUUUAAAAAGAAAUGUUAGUUUUGUUAUAUUUCAUUUUAUUGUUUGUUUUAAUUUGUUAAUAUUUUAUUUCAAUUGUUUUUCAAAUUGUAUUAUAUUUAAUAUUAAGAUAAAUUCAAUGAGAAAUGACCAUAGAUUAUAUUUGCUUUAAAAAUCAAUUUUAAUGCUUUAUUAUCAUUUAUUAGUAUAAUCGAUUUACAUUUUGUUUAUUGUUAAAUUAUUGUGAAAUUGUAAUAGUGCAAUUUUAAACUAGAUGUGAGAUGCAUGUAUUUGGUACAACUUGUUCAUUUUGAAAUAUGUCUUGAUAUCCAAAUAUAUUUGUAAAAGACAUCUUCAAAUGUAUGAUAUUUCUUUUAAUAUUAUUAUGAAUUUAUUUAUUCUAUUUUUAGUUUUAUGCAACCAUUUUUAAAUUUUAUUUAACCAGUAUAAGAAGACAUUAGGUUGGACUCUUCGCUCAUUCAGUAUGUUUACUCUUAAUAUUUUCAUGUCUGUACUUAUCGUGUGAAUAUAUUUUUGUCCCCACAAUAUGUAGAUGUAUUUUUCAAUACAUCUGUGAUAUAUAUACUGAAAGAAGUAUUUGUACUUUGUUUACUUGAUGGCUUUGUAAAAGUUGAUGAUAGUGAGUUUAGUUAUUUUAGGCUGUUUCUAUAAAUGCUUUUUUUUAAUGGAAAUUUCUCAAGUAGAGGAUAACCCAAAUAUUCUAGAUGGGUAAUUUAAUUAGAAAAUUUAGUAUCAAAAUGAAAAAAAAAAUUGUAUAUUUCCAAUUCCCUUCUGAAAUAUUUUAUUUAAUGUUUACUAUUCAAUUUAUCUCUAAUAAGUAACUGUGUUUAUUCUUUUAAAAUCAGUAGUCCUGUGAUUUUUAAGCCACACGUGUUAUUUAAAGUAUGUAUUCUGUAAAUAAUUGUAGUUGCAUUUUUUAAACUGGUUGGCUGAUGAAAAGCUUUGUAUAUAUAUGAUCAUCAGUUAUUUAAUAAACGUUGUUGGAGUCUA